UUUUAAACUUUAAAUUCACGACUUCAGUAUAAUGAAAGGUUGGACCAAAGCCAGGUAUUUGUUUGGAUUGCAAAAUACAUAUAGGAAGUUGAGGGAAAAAUGGAAAAAUGGCUGAAUUUUCUUUUGUUUUCGUUUAACAUUGGAUCUGUUCUGUCCGAUUGUUGUGGCAAGUAUUCCUAUCGAUAUUCCUACUUCUAUUGCGCCUACUGUGAUGGAUAUUGUUAUGGAUCAUCAAGCAAUGAGUACUGUGAUUCCUAUUACAGCAACUACUACUACUACUACUCGUAUUACAGCUAUGCUGCUAUCGGUCCAUUUUCUAUUGGAGCUUUCGUAGGACUAAUAAUAGGAUCAAUUAUCUUCUUGGUAUUUAUAAUUGGUGUCAUUGUGGCAAUCUGUGCUUCCUGUACAAAGUCAGCUGGACAAAGAGGAAGGGUCGUGCAUCCAAACAAUGGAAUAGCAGUGAUACAUUCCAAUACAAAUAUUGCUGGACAACAUAUGUACGCCACACCGAGUGCCCCACCACCUUACACGUUUUCCCAUGGAGGCUAUGGAAUGGGAUAUCAUACUUCAUCUGUAUUAAUGCCGCCACCUCCACCAAGUUAUGCUGUUUUGGAUCAGACAAGACCGCCACCGCCACCUACCUAUUCAUCUUUAAAUUCACCAAUCCCGCCACCAACGUUACCACCAAUACAACAUAGAAACAAUUAAUUUGUUACUUUCUGUUUCCCUGACAACAGUAACAUGAUAAUAUUACCACCAUUGGUGCCAAUUAACUUGGUUUGUCGAACAUAGCUACCAAUAUUACAUUCUUGUAUAUUCAGUGUCAUCGGCAUGAACUUGUUUGUCGAUCAUAGCUACCAACACCACAUUCUUGUAAAUUUUUAUAAUUGUACAUUUGAAAUGUGGUCGAACAUAGCUACCAGCACCUCAUUCUUGUAAAUUCAGUGUCCCUCGGCCAUGAACAUGGUUUGUCGAACAUAGAUACCAACACCUCAUUCUUGUCAAUUCAGUGUCCUUCGGCCAUGAACAUGGUUUGUCGAACAUAGCUACCAACACCUCAUUAUUUCAAAUUCAGUGUCAUCGGCCAUGAACUUUGUUUGUCGAACAUAGCUACCAACACCUCAUUCUUGUAAAUUCAGUGUCCCUCGGCCAUGAACAUGGUUUGUCGAACAUAGCUUCCAACACCUCAUUAUUUCAAAUUCAGUGUCAUUGGUCAACUUGGUUUGUCGAACAUAGCUACCAUCACCUCAUUCUUGUAUAUUCAGUGUCAGCUUUCUGCUGAACCAUUUUUUGUACAAUUGUUAUAUGCCAUCAACCCUACAGACUAUAUUUGUACAUUUGAAACGUGGCCCAUAAUUUGCAUGAAAUAGUAGCAACUGAACAUUAAGCAAGCAACAAUCAAGCAAUACAUUUGAAAAGAUAAACUAACUAGUGUCAAUCUCACAGCAAAUAAACAAACUAGUGUCAAUCUCACAGCAGAUAAACGAACUAGUGUCAAUCUCACAGCAAACAAACUAACUAGUGUAAAUCUCACAGCAAAUAAACGAACUACUGUCAAUCUCACAGCAAAUAAACGAACUACUGUCAAUCUCACAGCAGAUAAACUUUUAGUGUCAAUCUCACAGCAGAUAAACUAACUAGUGUCAAUCUCACAGCAAUUAAACUAACUAGUGUCAAUCUCACAGCAAUUAAACUAACUAGUGUCAAUCUCACAGCAAAUAAACUAACUAGUGUCAAUCUCACAGCAACUAAACUAACUAGUGUCAAUCUCACAGCAAGUAAACUAACUAGUGUCAAUCUCACUGCAGAUACACUAACUAGUGUCAAUUUCACAGCAGAUAGUAACAUCGACCGUUUACUAAAAAGAGAAGAUAUUUUAUAUACAGUGAAAACGAUAUAGUUUACUUUAUAAUAUUCAUUUUUCCGUAUCCUGAGCCUUUUUCUCAAUCCAAACACCUCACAUCCUCAGUAUCCAGUUUGUCUAAGUAGUCGAACUACUGUAUCACUAGACUGUCAACACUGAGGUUGAGUCAAAUCCCUCACGUGACAGGUGACAUCGACUCCAAAUUUUAAUUGAAUAGGAUUUUCAGUUUUCCUACCGAAGGACGGCUCUCCGACUUCCUCCACCAAUAAAAACAAAAUAGCACAAUAGUGCUGAAAGUGGUGUUAAACAUCAAUCAAUCAAUCAAUCAAUCCACAGUAUCGUAAUCAAAGCAGUCAUUUCUCCAUCUUUUAUUCAUAGUGUGAUAAAAAUAUUAUGUAUUAGUUCUAUGUUACGUUUUGAUAAAAGUGUGCAUUGUAUACAUACAGUAUUAAAGUUUUGAAGUUUUUA